UUCCCCUCCGACUCCGCACAAAGAGCGCCCCCACAACUGCCAGCCCCCGGACAAGUUUCUUAAGAAGAGAAAAAAAGUAGAAACGUGUCUCUCCAAACGCUUGCUUCGCUUCCCCAGCCCUCUUCGCGGACUCGAUUUCUUCGCUUUUGAGGGCUACCCUUGUUUCCUUUCCUUUCGUUUUUUAUUUGCUUUUUUAAACCAAGGGGUAGGUACUCUCGGUCCACUCCUCGGCUACUCCCGGCUCAGAUCCGGAAGCUCGGAUGCUGAUGCUUUUCAGGCUUUCAUUUUCCCUCCUGUUUGAAGAGCAGAGAAAGAGCUACAGAAGUUGUUUACAAAGUACAGAGCAGUCGACGGAGGGAGAAUGUUGGGCACCACAUGCUUGCAGAAGAUGAGGACAGAAUAGAUCCCUUAAUGAGGAGAUUCCCGAAGUCUUCCAUUUUCCGAGAAUGUGAGUGCUGUUCAGAAAUUAGACUUUUCAGAUACAAUGGUGCAACAGAAACUGGAUGAUAUCAAGGAUCGAAUUAAGAGAGAAAUAAGGAAAGAACUGAAAAUCAAAGAAGGAGCUGAAAAUCUGAGGAAAGUCACAACAGAUAAAAAAAGUUUGGCUUAUGUGGACAACAUUUUGAAAAAAUCAAAUAAAAAAUUAGAAGAAUUGCAUCACAAGCUACAGGAACUAAAUGCACAUAUUGUUGUAUCAGAUCCAGAGGACGUUUCAGAUUGUCCAAGGACUCCAGAUACUCCCAGUAGUGACCCCCGUUGUUCCACCAGCAAUAAUAGACUGAUGGCCUUACAAAAACAACUGGAUAUAGAACUUAAAGUAAAGCAGGGUGCGGAGAACAUGAUACAGAUGUAUUCAAAUGGAUCUUCUAAGGAUCGGAAACUCCAUGGCACAGCUCAGCAACUGCUCCAAGACAGCAAGACAAAAAUAGAAGUGAUACGAAUGCAGAUUCUUCAGGCAGUCCAGACCAAUGAAUUGGCUUUUGAUAAUGCCAAACCUGUCAUAAGUCCUCUUGAACUUCGAAUGGAAGAAUUAAGGCAUCAUUUUAGGAUAGAGUUUGCAGUAGCAGAAGGUGCAAAGAACGUAAUGAAAUUACUUGGCUCAGGAAAAGUGACAGACAGAAAAGCACUUUCAGAAGCUCAAGCAAGAUUUAAUGAAUCCAGUCAGAAGUUGGACCUUUUAAAGUACUCAUUAGAGCAAAGGUUAAAUGAGCUUCCCAAGAAUCACCCUAAAAGCAGUGUUAUUAUUGAGGAGCUCUCCCUCGUUGCGUCGCCAACUCUGAGUCCACGUCAGAGUGUGAUAUCUGCACAGAACCAGUACAGUACACUCUCCAAACCAGCAGCACUAACAGGUACUUUGGAAGUUCGUCUCAUGGGCUGUCAAGAUAUCCUAGAGAAUGUUCCUGGACGGUCAAAAGCAGCAUCGGUUGCACUACCUGGCUGGAGUCCAAGUGAAACCAGAUCAUCUUUCAUGAGCAGAACAAGUAAAAGUAAAAGCGGAAGUAGCCGAAAUCUCCUAAAAACUGAUGACUUGUCCAACGAUGUGUGUGCGGUUUUGAAGCUAGAUAAUACUGUGGUUGGUCAAACUAGCUGGAAACCCAUUUCCAAUCAGUCGUGGGACCAGAAGUUUACACUGGAGCUAGACAGGUCACGUGAACUGGAAAUUUCAGUUUAUUGGCGUGAUUGGCGAUCUCUGUGUGCUGUAAAAUUUCUGAGGUUAGAAGAUUUUUUAGACAACCAGCGGCAUGGCAUGUGUCUCUAUUUGGAACCACAGGGUACUUUAUUUGCAGAGGUUACCUUUUUUAAUCCAGUUAUUGAAAGAAGACCAAAACUCCAAAGACAAAAGAAAAUUUUUUCAAAACAACAAGGCAAAACAUUUCUCAGAGCUCCUCAAAUGAAUAUUAAUAUUGCCACUUGGGGAAGGCUAGUGAGAAGAGCUAUUCCUACAGUAAAUCAUUCUGGCACCUUCAGCCCCCAAGCCCCCGUGCCUGCUGCAGUGCCAGUGGUUGAUGUGCGCCUUCCUGAGCUAGCACCUCCAGCUACUGAUUCCGCAGUAACCAAAUUGGACUUUGAUCUCGAACCCGUACCUCCUCCGGCCCCACCACGUGAUUCUUCCCUCGGAGAAGUAGAUGAAGCUGCUGAAUUAAGAGAUCUGGAUACACCAGGACAGGAUUCAGAAACUCUUUUUGAUACUGAGAAUGACAGAAAUAGUAUCCUUCCAAAGUCUCAGUCUGAAUAUGAACCUGAUAUUCCUCAGUCGGGCUUAGAAUAUAGUGGUAUUCAUGAACUUGAGGACAGAAGAUCUCAACAGAUGUUCCAGUUUAAUCUACAAGACUUCAGAUGUUGUGCUGUCUUGGGUAGAGGACAUUUUGGAAAGGUGCUUUUGGCUGAAUAUAAACACACAAACGAAAUGUUUGCUAUAAAAGCCUUAAAGAAAGGAGACAUUGUGGCUCGAGAUGAAGUAGACAGCCUGAUGUGUGAAAAAAGAAUUUUUGAGACUGUGAAUAGUGUGAGGCACCCCUUUUUGGUGAACCUCUUUGCCUGUUUCCAGACGACGGAGCACGUUUGCUUUGUGAUGGAGUACGCCGCCGGCGGGGACCUGAUGAUGCACAUUCACACCGAUGUCUUUUCUGAACCCAGAGCCGCAUUUUAUGCUGCAUGCGUGGUUCUUGGGUUGCAGUAUUUACACGAACACAAAAUUGUUUAUAGAGAUUUGAAAUUGGAUAACUUAUUGCUAGAUACAGAGGGCUUUGUGAAAAUUGCUGAUUUUGGUCUUUGCAAAGAAGGAAUGGGAUAUGGAGAUAGAACAAGUACAUUUUGUGGCACUCCGGAGUUCCUCGCCCCGGAAGUGUUAACGGAAACGUCCUACACGAGGGCGGUGGACUGGUGGGGUCUCGGUGUGCUCGUAUAUGAAAUGCUGGUGGGCGAGUCUCCCUUUCCUGGUGACGAUGAAGAGGAGGUUUUUGACAGUAUUGUAAAUGACGAAGUGAGGUAUCCAAGGUUCUUAUCGACAGAAGCCAUUUCAAUAAUGAGAAGGUUACUAAGACGAAAUCCUGAGCGGCGCCUGGGAGCUGGUGAGAAGGAUGCAGAGGAUGUAAAGAAGCACCCGUUUUUCCGAUUAAUUGAUUGGAGUGCUCUGAUGGACAAAAAGGUCAAGCCGCCCUUCGUUCCCACCGUGAGAGGGCGAGAAGACGUGAGUAAUUUCGAUGACGAAUUUACCUCGGAGGCGCCUAUUCUUACUCCACCUCGAGAACCAAGGAUACUUUCAGAAGAGGAGCAGGAGAUGUUCAGAGAUUUUGACUACAUUGCGGAUUGGUGUUAAGUUCUGCACACUGUGAAACAAGCAGACUGGCUCACAAGAAGACCUCUUAAAAUAACAACCUUCAUUUGCUCUCUGUGCCACCAGUAGCUUCUGAGUUUGCUUAAAACACGUGACGAUGUGUUUAAAAGUACUCUGCUAAUACUUUCUUGAAACGUGGCCUCUCAAUGUAUUUUCACCGUAAAUCUGAGCACUGGAAACAGUUUCGUGGAGUUUCAGCUGAAUGAACAUCGGCCAUGAACAUCCAUCAAAAAUGAACACUUUGGGAUCAGUGGUCUUAUUUUUAGAAAAAGAAAACUCUUCUGCAGCCCCCAGCUUCGCCGUAUGCCUGCCUUCAGUGGCAGGAAAAUGAAUCAGCCAACUCUCUCAGCCGCGUCUUACAAAAAGAGAGAAGGGGCUCGGGUGCCGUUACUGCGCAUACAUAGCACGAUUCCGUUUGAAUAAGGCAGAUGCUCUUGUUUUUUUUUUUUAAGAAAUUACUGUCAUAUCAAAAAAAAUGUAGUGGCAGUGUGUGCACAUUUGGGGGCUUUCUUUAACGAAAUGAAUUGAUGUCUUGAAUUAUAAAUUUUCUAUAUUUAUUAGGAGAAAAGAUUUUAUAGCCUUAUCUUUAUCAACCAUGUAACACAGCCUCAUAGCUUUCCAGAAGAGCUACUUGCCAAACAGUUUUGUUCAUUAAAUCAACCGUAGCGGAAACAAACAGGGACAACUUAACAUCUGCAUUUACUUAAAAUUUUUAAAUGAGGACUUAUGAUCAGCCUGAACCGAGGUACUGUUGCCUCUGCGCAUUCCCAAAGUCUAGAUACUCAGUAUGUCACACCUCUUCUUCCAAAAGCGGUGAACUGGUUACUACUUUUUUGAUACUCAUUGUGCGUUUAUCCGCCUAGUUCACCUUGUUCUCGUGUCUGCUGUAGAAGGGAAGCGUGUCGCUGUUGCAGCAGCGGGGUCGUCACUGUGUACAUGCUGUGAACAUGCGUAUGUGCGAGUUGUCAUGGAGUCCCGUCGGAGGUUUACCGUUGAAGCCCACCUCUUCAUCCCUUUCGUGCAGUGGCCAGGCAGGCACCUCCGACUCCAGCGUGUACGUUUAGUGCAUGUGUACAUUGGAGGCCACUGGAUCCAGAGGUUCAUAUUGGCAGUUACUGAGGGCAAAAGCAAUAUAUUAUAACAGAAUGUAUAAAUAUUUUUGAUAAAACAGUCUAUAUUUUAUAAAAUUAUUAUAACACUAAAGCUGUACCUCAAAAGUCAAAAAUAAUUUGAUCAAAUACCUUUUGCAACACUUCGGAGGAUCCACUUGUGGCUUUUUUUAAUGCUCUUAUAGGAAAGUGUUUUUGCAAGCCAUGACUUUUCUACUUACCUGGAGUUUUUUUUGGGUUUUUUGUUUUAAUUAUUUUCCCUCCUCCUCUUACGACUUUAUUGGUUUUCGUUAGCUCCGCAAUAGCUAAUCUUUGAUUCUGUGCUUCAUGUGGUAGAGUCGUCAUACCUCAGGAAGAGCACGUGUUGACUGACCGAGUACUGAGUUAAGCGUUUCGUCACGGUGAGCUCUUGUCGUGAGGGCUGUUCAAGAUUAAAUCCCGUGAGAAAAAUGAAAGCGCAUGGAUUUAUAGAGAGUUGAGCUGAAAACAUUUAUGAAUAUUUCAGCCAUGCCAGAGUGUGUCGGCAUGUUUCUCUUGUCCUCUGAGAACAAUUAAGAUUGUUCAGAGAUAAUUCCUAUUUCUUUAUGAAUUGAUUAUUGCCCAUGAUCCUUUGGGUGGAAAUCUUAUAGGAGGGAGCAAUAUGUUAUUUAAAAUUAUUUUAAAAUGCCAUUGAACUUCCUUGGCAAAGGACAGUAGAGGAUCUUAGUUUAAUUGUCUGGUUUUAAUUUAAACAGUGUUAAUACAAUUAAAAAAAAAAAACAACACUAAAUGCUUUUGAGGUACAGUCUGCUCACCUUUUCUGGUUCUCAAAUGUGCAGAGAAAGCAAAGGCCUCAAACCGGCUUUUAGCUUUAAAACCCGACCUAACGCUUUGUAACCACACAGUGUACAGAUUAUUUUUAAUUGAAGUCAAUCACUAAAAAAAAUUAGAGGGCAGGGUAUAUUCACACAAUUAAGCUGAAGAAAGCACUAAUUUUUUCUGUAGUCUUAAAUAUAUAUAUUUUAGAUUUUAAAUUUUUAAACUCUAUGGAGUGUAAAUAUAUUUUGUUAUUACUGUAUGUGUAAGUGACUGCUCAAGCACUUUGCAAGGAAAUCAGGAUAUUUUAGAAUGGUACACUAUGCAUUCAGAAGAAAUGUGCCUUCAUGUCAUUUUAAGAAAAAGUGUUUUGCAGUCGUAAGUCACCACAAAUGCACAAAUUAAAGUUGAAAUAGAUUGUAAUUUGUAACUUUGUUUUUAAGUAUUAUUUCUUUUGGAAACUUCCUCUUGGUCAAAAUAUGUAUGAAUUAGCUUUACUGUAUUCAGGAUCUCAAAGACUGCUGCUUAGUUAGCCUUCUUGCAGGUACUUUUUGUCCUGGGAAGGACCAAGUUGUCUACUUCCCUGGUAAUGAUAGGAGAUGUUGCAUCUGCUCCGGUGGGACUGGUGGCAUCUUUCAUCCCGUGGCUGUUUAUGGGAUGCCUGUGUGCUAGACCCUGGGGAUAGAAAGGCAGAAAAAAAUCCCCCAAGUCUUUAUAAGUGGAGACUGGUAUGCAUGAAUGCUAAAGUGCAAGCAAACACUCUUCUCUUGUUUGAGAUUAACUUACUUAAUUUUAGGACCUGAUCUUUUAGAAAACUGAAAUGAAAACCGAAUACUGGCCAUUUAUUUUAUGGUUGUCUUUUUCGAAAAUUGCAAACAGAAUAUUUUAGAAAUAUUCAGAAGAUCCAUGCCCUCUCUGUAGCGCAAAUUCAGGCCAUAAAUGGAAAUCACCAUUGCAUGUUGACUAAGUGAAAGGUGCAUUAUGGAUUCAAAUCUAACAAAAUUUCUAUAGGUGCUGCUAAUCUCAAAGCAACUGAGGGUGAGCAUGAGAAACCCAAAGGAGCACGUGCCAGGCCAUGGGUUGCGCCCUGAUACAGAGUUCGUGUUUACCUUCACGCUGUCUUUUGAGAUCUCUUACUUCUCUGAGACAUCAGCUGUGUGUGCAUAUAUGUACAUAAUUAGAUGUGUUUAUAAACAUAAAUAUAUACGUAUGUAAGUAGAGGUAAGUGUUUAAUUUUAAGAGUCAGAAAUCUUGCAUAAUUUCUACCUCUAGUAUCAUGACUCAGUGGACGCUCUCAGACACGCCGCACAACCCCUCAUGGGGGGCUUUGCUGGUCUUCAAGGUAAGAGUGCACGACCGCAGCCCUCACCCCAAGCUAGCGGCGCAACUUGAGCACGGAGGACUAUUUCAGAAAUAUUCAGAAGAUCCAUGCUCUCUCUGUAGCACUGGGGCUCCGGCACCUGAGUUAGGAGGUACCCAAGCACCGGAGGGAGAAGACUCAGAGCCUGGGACAGAAGCCGACUCCACCAAGAAGGAGGAGGACGGAGAGGGUAAGAGGCGCAAGGGCAGAGAGCCCACGUUGGGGGUGCUGCCGAGGAUGGGUUUCUACAGCAGUAACCCAAGAAUGACGAACCUGAAUGGUGGUAGAACUUGGGUUCUGUGCUGCAGCCCUCUAGGGGAGCUCAAGGGCUGUUUUGCACAUCACCUUCUACCAGUAAAAUCAGAUACUUGGCGAAUGAGAGCUGCUUCAGGGUGGAAAUAGAGGACUUCCGCGGAUGAGGACCAGGUUGCACACUGUCACAGAAGACCAAAGACACGAAAGACGGCACGCUACCCUGAAGGAAAGCCAGCGAAAAUAGUAGAUAGAGCCAUCCCCUCCAAAAGACUGCAAGUAUUAGAACCCUCA